GGUGCCGCUCGCAGGGUGUGUGAGUGCAGGCACCCGCGCUCUGAGCAUGCCAACACCGCACUGCUCAAGCCCACUCUGCUGGGACAGAAGUGGGAGCCCGCCAAGCACACUGCGAACGAGCCCACCAACGCGUUCGGAGACAUCCAAUUCACCGGCCUUGGCCAGAGGCUUGGCAAAUUUGUGCGCGUAGGCAACGACACGGAGCCCAGCGUGCUCUUCAAGCUGAUGAUGGAGCACUGGCACCUGGACGUGCCCAACCUGCUCAUCUCGGUCACGGGCGGGGCCAAGAACUUCCACCUGAAGCCCCAACUGAGAACCAUAUUUCGCCACGGCCUCAACAAGACCGCACGCAGCACAGGGGCGUGGAUAAUCACGGGUGGCUCCUACGCCGGCGUGAUGAAGUACGUGGGCGAGUCGGUGAGGGAUUUCGCCUUGGCCAGUGGCUCCAAGGAGGGCAAGAUCGUGGCGAUUGGCAUAGCAACCUGGGGCAUCAUUCACAACAAGGAGCACCUCAUAGACGCGCAGGGCAAGUUUCCGGCAGAGUAUCCCAUGGACGAGGCUGGCCAGGGGCGACUCUCCUGCCUGGACAACAACCAUUCUCACUUCAUCCUGGUGGACAACGGCACGCACGGCCAGUACGGCGUGGAGAUCGUGCUGCGCGCCCGGCUCGAGCAGUACAUCUCCACGCAGCACACGGGAAGCGGCGGUGUGGGGAGUGUUCAGAUCCCUAUCGUGUGUCUGGUGCUGGAGGGUGGCGUGGGCACCCUGGACACGAUGUUCAAUGCGAUGAACAACAACACGCCGUGCGUGGUGAUGGAGGGCUCGGGGAGGGUGGCCGACGUCAUCGCAAGCGUGGCCGCGCUGCCUCCCGCCAGCAUCACCCUCGCCGUCAUCCGCGAGCAGCUGCACAACUUCCUGGGCAAGGAGGCAGAGUCCUUCUCGGAGGCUCGCAUUGCAGAGUUGACCUCGAAGAUUCAGGACAUUGUGAACAUGAGUCAUCUGCUCACUGUGUUUGAUGACAAGGAGGGUGGACCGGGCAUCGAUGUGGCAAUCCUCAAGGCUUUACUCAAGGCCAGCAGAGGUGAAGCCAACAAAGCCCAGGAGAGCUGUGACCACCAACUGCGACUAGCUUUGGCCUGGAACCGUGUGGACAUUGCAACCAGCGAGAUUUUUACCGACGACCGCAAAUGGCAGACAGGCGACCUGGAGCAGGUCAUGGAUGCUGCCCUGCUGGAGAACCGGCCCGAGUUUAUUUCCCUCUUUGUGGAGCAUGGCCUGAUCCUGAGGGAGUACCUCACCUGGGCCCGCCUCGAGUCCCUCUACAACGGGGCUCCCGCCUCCUCCCUGCUGCACAUUCUGCUGAGGCGCAUUUCCGAGGGCGAGAAAUCCCCCGCGGAUCCACACAGGAGAUGGAUCUCCACGCUGCCCAUGGCGCCAAAGCGAAUGAACCACUUUAGUUUGUACCACAUCUCCUUGCUGAUCCGCGAGCUGCUCGGCGACAGCACCUCCAUGUUGUACGGGAACAAGAUGUCCAGAUUCUCCAAACUGUCGCCCAGCAGCAAGAACACAGGCUCCACCAAGGGUGGGACGUCAUUGGAGUUCAAAGGACAAACAUACAAUGAAGGGCAGCUGUACUGCCCUGACCCUGAGCGUGACCUCUUUAUCUGGGCAGUGCUGCUGAAUCGCAGGGAGCUCGCCAACUUCUUUUGGAGUCAGGGCAAGGACUGCAUGGCUGCGGCGUUAAUGGCGAGCAAGCUGCUGAAGGCCAUGGUGCAAGAGGAGGACGACUCGGACCGGACGAGCGACAUGCUGGCUCAGGCUGACAACUACGAGCAGCUCGCCAUUGGAUUGUUGGACGAGUGCUACAAGGACGAUGAGCUGCGGGCGCAGAAGCUGCUGAUUCGCCAGCUCCACUCGUGGGGCGGCGCGACGUGCCUCAGCAUGGCCUACCACGCCAACAACAAGAGCUUCUUCUCCCACAGUGGAGUGCAGGCCCUGCUUACCCAGAUCUGGUGGGGUGGCAUGUCUGUGGACCUGAAGACCUGGAGAGUCAUUCUGUGCAUUAUCUUCCCAUUGCUCAUCUACACUCGUAUCAUCACAUUCAGUGAGGAGCAAGAGAUGCAGAAAAUUCGGAUUUCCCAAGUCAGCUCCGCGUGGAGCAGAGCACAGCCGAUCUCAGACGAGGAAACGGGGAAACACAACCUGUCAUUGCCCACAGCAUCCAUAAAGAAUGUGGUGAGCAAGCGCUCUCCGACUAUCACGGUGUUCCAGCGUUGGCGGAACUUUUGGACGGCGCCCAUCACAGUCUUCUGGGCCAACGUGGUGUCUUACUUCAUCUUCCUAUGGCUCUUCGCCUAUGUGAUCAUCAUGGACUUCCAGUAUACGCCCGAUUGGCCCGAGUACGUCCUCUACGCUUGGGUCCUGUCGCUCAUCCUGGAGGAGCUGCGUCAGGUUUUCACUGACCCAGAGAAAGCAGGGCAAUGGAAGGCUGCAGUCCGCUACAUCAAAGACAUCUGGAACCGUAUCGACAUUCUGGCUUUGCUUCUCUUCACAAUCGGAGUCAUAUGCAGGCUCAUCCCGAACAGCAUCAACGAAUCGACAUUCCAGGCUGGCCGCUCCGUGCUCUGUGUGGAUUACAUGGUCUUCUGUCUCCGCUUGAUGCACAUCUUCACCGUCAACAAAACCCUAGGGCCGAAGAUCAUUAUUGUCAAACGCAUGGUAAAGGAUAUCUUCUUCUUCCUGUUCCUGCUGGGCGUGUGGGUGGUGGCCUACGGAGUGGCCACUCAGGGGAUUCUCAUCCUCAACGAACAGCGGCUGGAUUGGAUCUUUCGUGGAGUCGUCUACCAGCCCUACCUGCUCAUCUUCGGACAGUUCCCCACCAGGGUUGACAGUACCACGUUUGACACCACGUCGUGCACAAACAACGGCAUUAACACCAGCCAGCCCAGGUGUCCGGUGCUGGGCGUAGACUGGCUCACCAUCCUGCUCACCUGCCUCUACCUGCUGUUUGCCAACAUCCUGCUGCUCAACCUGCUGAUCGCCAUGUUCAACUACACCUUCCAGUUGGUGCAGGACAACACGGACACCAUCUGGAAGUUCCAGCGGUACGAGUUGGUGAACGAGUACCACAGCCGGCCCUCCCUGGCACCGCCGCUCAUCGUCUUCAGCCACUUAUACUUAUUUGUGAGACGGUUCAUCCUCAAGAAGCCCCAACACAAGCACGAGGACUUCAAGAAGGGUUUCAGUGAGUCGGAGGAGCGCGAGUUUCUGGCAUGGGAGAGCAUUAUGCGGGAGAGCUACGUGGCGAGCCAGCUCACCGAGAAGAGCCAGAGACUGGAGGAGAGGAUUAAGUCGACGGCAGAGAAGAUGGACUCGGUGAUGCAGUUCUUGGAUGUUUCUGGGGAGGGCAGAACAGCUGCGUUGGAGGUCCGGCUCCAUCAGAUAGAAGAGAAGCUGGGUAUAACAGUUGAUGCGCUCGAUUGGAUCACCAAGGCUCUAUGUGACAAAGGCAUUGGCAUCAAGGAGACGAGGCCUGCCCUCACGUCCCCGACAGUGAAGGGCCAAAAGAAGUGAAGAGAAGCCACUGCUAUUAAAUGCAGACAAGGACACACGGCCAUCUCGCCCAAGCCAAGCCAUCGGUUCACGUGCACGCACCUGCACCAGCAGAGCAGCCUACGCGUCGAUGCCGCAGGGAGACCUUCGCAGGAGUGAGACAAGUUAUGUAGAUAUUUCAAAAAAUGUGUGCCAUGGUGUACACUGCACAAAAACGCCUUUUUACUGUUAUGAAAGCCAAAAUACAAACAAAACAAGGUUGACCGUAGCACUUUAACUUUGAUGACAGCAUUUAGGAACUGAGUUGGAUCGUAGAUUGAGUUCUUUAGCAGCUGAAUGUAUUUUUUUUUUAUUAAUUCAUGUGGCAGUGGGCAGGGGAGUGAUCCUAUAAUUUAUAGAUUUUUUUUCUUCCGCGUGUCACCUUUUAAUGCUGUCCAACUUUGAUUGCGAGUGCGUUAAUAAUGCAUUAACUCCGUCCGCCUGUGUCCGCCUCUCAAUAACGCUCAUGAAGUCACAGUACAGUAACAGUAACUCUCGUAAAAAGAAUCCAGUGUGAAGGAAACGUAACCAUAGUUUUUUUUGUUGCUAUUGUGAACUAACCCUUCAGACAACCGGUGGGGCGGUUGGCCACUGCGUCAACAGCGUUGAUUGAAGCUCGGCUUCGAAGGCCGGUGAUGAUUGGGAGAGCCUCUCUUUCGGCAAGGGGCAACGACCACGGAACGUCAAUCUGUGGCAUCGCAUUACAUGCGUCGUCCUCUCGCAACAAUAAUUGGCGCGUCAUUGGACGCCUUCAUUGCACACGUGACAAUUUAUGUUGCCGUGUCGCGUGGUGGAGAGCUAAAAACUGUAAAAAGAUUUGCCUGAUCGUUACACAACUUCACCCAAAUCACAAAUAAAGACUCAAAUUAUCAUUGA